AUGCCUCCUGAAUCUCAGGUCAGGCACAAGCGGACCUUGCUGCAGCAAGCCUCCAGCUCGCGGUCUCUCAUUCAGGACCAAGAGACAGUUGCUGUAGAGGAGAUUCUCUUCGUGCGUUUGUCUUAUCUGUGUGGAUUUAUUUCAAAGACAUUGUCAUCUGUGUGGAAGCCAGUUUCGAUCGCUGGUUGCUACCCCUUGCCCUGCUGGCAGGGCAUUGAGCGGCACCCGUUUCCGGCCACCUGGGUGCGGAGAGUGAGGAGGGUGAAGGGAGGAGCAACCCCGAGCAUCUGUCAUUCAGCUCCAUCUGAUCUAGAGAUGGAGCGAAUAAGGCGGAUGCUGAGGAGGAAGGCCGGGCACGGGGCUCCAGAGCCGGCAGCAAACAUCAGGCAGCCUGCCCAGGAGGAGAGCGGCCCCUGUGUCCCCGCGGGCGGGGAAGAGGCUCGUGGCCAGGGGAAAGGGAGGAGCUGCUUCGCCUGCUGGAGGAGGCGAAAGACAGCAGCUCCUCUAGCUGACCCGGAGGCACCUUCUGGGCCGAAAAGGAAGUGGCCCCGAAAGCCUCCCGCCGGCCCCAGCCUGGCACUUGUGGCGCCUCCUCCCAGGCCAGAGCAGGAGUUCAGUGACAGCACCAGCUCCGUAUUCUCCUGCGGGUCCAGCAGCUCCUCCGUGGGGUCUGGGAGCCCUGUGUUUCGAGGCUCCCUCUUUGGAGACACCCCCAGCGCCCAGGUGUGGUGGGGUGAGGAGGAGGAGGAAGAAGAGGAGGAGGAGGAGGAGGAUUCGUCCCCCAUCACGCCUCAGAAGCCUCCCGCCAGCCCCAGCCUGGCACUUGUGGCGCCUCCUCCCAGCCCAGAGCAGGAGUUCAGUGACAGCACCAGCUCCGUAUUCUCCUGCGGGUCCAGCAGCUCCUCCGUGGGGUCUGGGAGCCCUGUGUUUCGAGGCUCCCUCUUUGGAGCCUCGCUCCAGGCCCUCCAGCCACCCGCUCCAGCCCUGCCUACUCCUCCUCGUGAUCUUCCCCGACAACGGCAAUUUCGACCACCCGGCUUCGACCUCCGGCGCAGAUAUGGACUCUGGCUCCGGAUGGGCCUGCACAUAGUCAACACCUGGCUGCAGUAGACAGGCCCCACCGUAAAUCAAACCCCAACCCUGCCCCAUGACCCCUUAGUCCCUCCCACCUGUCACCGGAAGUCCUGCCCCAUGGGGGUAUUACUUCGUGGUCAAGGCGGCCACAUGACUGGAAGCCAGGUGU